CCUUCUCCCUGCUCCGAUUGUCCUAUAGAUCUCUUUCUUUCCUCCCCAUAUACGCGUAGUGCGCGUGUUACCGUCAUCUAUCGGUAAAGAGACGUACAGCAACCUAGGGGAUCCCAAGUUUCAAGCUGAACUCAGUACCCACCACCUCCUGCUCCCACUGAAGCUGCGAAUCAUUGGUAUUCAGCUACGCGAUAUGAACAACACCGGCCUCGCCACCCCUCCCCCACAGGCCCAAGCCCAAGCCCAAGCCCAAGCCCAAGCCGCGUCCAGCAGCACAGGCAACCCGGCUGGCGCGCCCUCGACAUCCGCACAGCCUACGCAAGAGUCCAACCAGAACGCCAACAUGGACAUGAUCGUCACGAGUGUGAUGAGCGCGACCUCCCCGCCCCAGCUGAGCCAGGCGCUGCGUUCAUGCGCACCCAAGGACGCGCGCGAGACCAUCCUGUCGAGUUUCACAUCGUCAGGAGUCGAUCCACUUACUCUGCUGGAUAUUCAGACGCAUACGAUCGGAGUGUUAUACAUCCUGUCAUCACGACUACACAACACUGCUGUUGGACGACCACCACGGGCAUAUGUCGACCAGUUCUGCCAGUCGUUUGAUCCCAUCCAAGCACGGUACGCCCCUGAUCGAGUGACCUUAUUGGCCAGAGGUAUAUUCGCCGCUGCAGAGCAGGAAGGAAACCUCAAGCUGGCGGUUCAGCCUCUAUUCAACCUCAUUGCGCGCUACCCGCCAUCAUACUCACAUCUCACAACGAUUCACUCGAUAUUCUUGAGGGCCUGUGUCACGACCCGCAACUUCGCAGCAGCUCUCCCCGUGCUCGCGUCCCCGAUCAGCGUGAUCGAUACAACUCUCUCCGAUUUGCACUACAACGACAAUUUGGUGUACCACUACGCUGGUGGCAUCGCGCUCGCUGCGCUCAAGCGUUGGGGCGAGGCCGAAGAGUUCUUCGAGAUCUGCGUUACAAGUCCCGGAGGUGCAGCUGCGGCAGUGCAAUUCGACGCGCUGAAGAGGCUUGUGCUGGUUCAACUCAUACAUCGUGGAACGAUGCUCCCGCCUCCCAAAAACACACAUGCGGUGCUCACGAGGCUGCUGAAGAACAGCCCUUACUCGCUACUUGCGUACGCCUACCCGCAAAGACGAGACAGGCUAGGCGAGAUAGUUGAGCAGGAGCAACAAGGAUUUGCUGCGGACCAAACGCUGGGUCUCGUCUCGCAAGCGCUCGAUCGUGCACCGCGAUGGUCCAUCAAGCGGCUCACGGAGACGUAUCUCACCCUCCCGCUUUCCGAGAUCGGGCGCUCAAUAGCGAUCGAAAAUACCGCGCAAGUCAAGGCCCUGGUAGUCUCCAUGAUCGAGUCGUCCGAGAUCACCGCGUCGCUCUCCGCCGAUGGCAUCGUCACGUUCUCGGACCCGCCGCUGCAGCUGUCCAAGGCGGACGUGGAUCGCGUCCUGCUCGACGCGCAAGAGCAGAGCGUGCUGUUGCACAGGCUGGAGCGCGAUAUGGCUAAGAGCCGGGAAUACCUCACCAAGGCGGUGAGGAGCAGGGAAGACGGCUGGUCGCAUACGAUGGACGAGGAUAUGCCGUCGGAACGGGCCGCCGGGUCGGGCUGGGCGGACGAGAUGUUUGCCUAAGGCCCCUGGCUGGCUUGCAAACCAAGUCUUGUUGAAGGGAAGGAUCUUGGUCACUGUAAGAUCAAUAAGCAUCAUGGAUUGUUCUCUGUUGUUGCAAUGUUAUGCUUUGUUCGG